CUGCGGCCAGCACCCCACGGAGGCGGGACCUGGGCGGGGCCAGCAGCCGCGGGAACCCCGAGCCCGCCUCCUCUGCCAGCUCUUUGCCGCUCGCCAUGGCCCCGGCGCUGCUGCUGGUCCCGGCGGCUCUUGCCUCCUUCAUCCUGGCCUUUGGUACCGGAGUGGAGUUCGUGCGUUUCACUUCCCUGCGGCCGCUGCUUGGAGGGAUCCCGGAGUCUGGCGGUCCGGAUGCCCGCCGUGGGUGGUUGGCUGCCUUGCAGGACCGAAGCAUUCUUACCUCCCUGGCUUGGGAUCUUGGGCUUCUGCUAUUGUUUGUGGUGCAGCACAGCCUCAUGGCAACCGAGACAGUGAAGGAAUGGACGUCCCGGUACUUUGGAGUCCUUCAGAGGUCACUGUAUGUGGCAUGCACUGCCCUGGCCUUGCAGCUGGUGAUGCGGUACUGGGAGGCUGUACCCAGAGGUCCAGUGUUGUGGGAGGCUCGGGCUGAGCCGUGGGCCACCUGGGUGCCCCUCCUCUGCUUUGUGCUCCACGUCGUUUCCUGGCUCCUCAUCUUCAGUAUCCUUCUGGUCUUUGACUACGCUGAACUCAUGGGCCUCAAGCAGGUGUAUUACCAUGUUCUGGGGCUGGGCGAGCCUCUGGCUCUAAAGUCUCCUCGGGCUCUGAGGCUCUUUUCGCACCUUCGACACCCAGUAUGUGUGGAACUUCUGACAGUGCUGUGGGUGGUGCCCACCCUGGGCACUGACCGCCUCCUCCUGGCUCUCCUCCUUACCCUCUACCUCGGCUUGGCACAUGGGCUGGACCAGCAAGAUCUCCGCUACCUUCGGUCUCAGUUACAAAGAAAACUCCAGCUUCUCUCCAGACCCCAGGAUGGGGGAGCAGAGUCCAGCCCUACAGCUCCUUGGCGCCUCCCGUUUUUUUAACUCUGUCUCCUACAGCGGUGUCUCCCGUUUUUAACUCGGGCUGACACCAGGCUCCCUGCUCUCCCAAAGGAUAUGCGCUGCAGAAAAAUUAAAAUUUUCUCCAUAUGGUA